AUGGAUAGAACCAAUGCCCUCCGCUUGCUUGCCACUCUGAUGCUUCUAGUGCUGUACCCAAAGGCAGAAAGCCAGUGGGUUUCCCACCACCCACUGCCACCAGCAAAUCUUCCCCCACUUUGUGCUUCGCAGUUUGCAUUAGCAAACCGUGCAUGUUCGUUGCUACCCUAUACACCAGUUCCUCCACCAUCCCCUCCUUCCCCACCAACACCCCUUCCCACGGAGGGCCAUCAUGACCACCAUAGGCGGCACCACCACGGCCACAAGCACCAUAGGCACAAAGAGACGGGCGCUGAAGCAGAUUGCUGUAGGUGGUUGAAAGAAGUUGAUGACGUCUGCAUUUGUGGCCUGUUGGUUCACUUGCCUCCAUUCCUUGCCAGGCCGGCGCAUAAUUACACGGUGUCCGUAGGCGAAUUUUGCCAGGUUACUUUUGCCUGUGCAUCAAGGUGCGUGCCAUUCUGAUUAUUACAAGCUUAACAGAGCAAGUAGAAAUUCUCUCAAGUUACUCUACAUAUACAGUAAGUUUAUUUCAUCUUUGCUUCAAGGAAAGUUUGUCAUAUGUAUCUAUCAAUUUCACAUUAGAAAUUGUGUAACAUUUUAUGGCCAUAUUAAUCAAAAUCAAUGUUUCCAUGGUGUGUUGGUAGAAA